AGAACAUCCACCAAUGAGAGGCUUGUUUAUGAACGGCAUCCGGACGUUGAUUUGGCGCCAAUGAUUUGUAUUUGCGUUAACGUUUUUUUUUCGUCGGUCGGUCAUUUUUCUCGUGUUUUUGCUGAACGAACGAAGAUAAAAUGACGGAACUCUCUUUCCCUGUCAACUCAGUUGACAACAUUAUCAGCUUUUACCGGUCAGAAGUGUUAACUGGUCAGGAAGCGAAACACUUGAACAAGACUGACUUGACUCCUUCUCCGAAGCCGGAAGCGGUUCAAACGCUCUACAUGAGAGUAUUGCAUCUGUUGUAUCGUUUCCGCCCUGAAUGGCACGCCAUGGUUCCUCUUGUGGAAAACAUUCAGUUUCCUUUAUAUCAGGAGGGGGCAACUGCCAUCAUGAGUGUGUACCAGGGCAUGCGGCAGUUUCUGCCAAUGUGUUUCGUUUAUGACUUUUCACUGAAUGACCUUCUUGCACCAAAGAAACAGAAAACACUCAUUGUUUUAAGUGCCAUCAUGAACUUUUUGCAAUUCCGAAAGGAGAGGAUGAACAUGAUGCAGGAAAAGCAAGCCAAAUAUAGGGCAGACCUGGAUAGGAUGCAGGCUUAUUCUAAGGAAAACCAAGAAGCAGAAAAAAAAAUAGCGAUACUGACCACCAUCCCUCCUGAGCAGCAGGCUGAGGCUGAUGAGUUGGCAGCAGCCCUCUCUGAGCUGCAGACCACCACAAUGCAUGAAUACCAGGAUGUGAAUGCAAAAAACGAGAGUAUCGCAGAGUGGAAAACCAAAAUCGCAGAGAAAGCUCAAAAACUGGCCCAGAUAAUGAUCGAUCUUGCCAACCUGAAGGAAGAUGUAGCCAAACUAAAGUCUCAGAUUGUUGAGUCACCAGAGGAGCUGAAGACUCAAAUGGAGAAAAUGAGGGAAACUGUCAAGAUCAUCAAGAGCUCUAUUGAACAAACGGAUGAGUGUGUAGUAGAGCUGCAGAACAUGGUCCAGAGAGGGACUCAGACUGAAGUGGAGAUCCAACGAAGGUACAAUUCGCUCCAAGAUCUGGAAAGCAAUUUCAACAACAGUAAGCAGCAACAGCAGGAGCAUCAGCAGCUGUUGAGUCAGCAUGAGAAAAAGCAGAAGGAGCUGAGAAACCUGUGCAAUGAGACAGGGCAGCUGAAGCGAGCUCUCUGUAUGAAGCAGGACAAGGAGUCCAAGCAAAGCCUUCGCAGGCAAAAGCAGAAGGAGAUGAAGGAGCAACAUGUUGAAGAUGUUUUGAGUCAGUGUAACCAAAUCCAUCACAAGCGUGAGGAGAUGGCGGACAAAAUCCAAGAGAUCUCCAGAGAAACACAGCAGCUAAAAGUUAAGAUCAACAGCCUAAGAGACGUUUGCAGUAAAGAGACCCAGAAAGCUCAGGCUAUGUACGACACCCUCUCUGCUGCAAUGGAUGAGCUACAAAGGAAAAUUGAGAUCUACACAUUGAAUCUGAAACAAGACGUCGCCAAGAUGUUCAACAACUUCUGAGUCAUUUUUAUUUGACUGCAGACAUAGAAACAUGAACUUUUUUUAGAUUGUUUUACCAAAUGGCCAAUGUAACUACAAUAAACAGUAUCUUCUUUUCUUAUAUUAACAAGGA